CGCUUUGGCAGCGCGUCCACGGCCAGACCUAACGGUCCGCGCGCUACUCCCCGGGCCGGAAGUGGAGAGGAACUGUCUCGGGUGCGCCCGGCCUGGCUCACCGCCUGGCAGUCCCCGCUGUCGCCGCCGCCUUCGGCCAGUGCCGAGGGUUUUUGCAGCCGCCAUGUCCGCCAGUGCCGUCUACGUGCUGGACCUGAAGGGCAAGGUGCUCAUCUGCCGGAACUACCGUGGUGAUGUGGACAUGUCGGAGGUGGAGCACUUCAUGCCCAUCCUGAUGGAGAAGGAGGAGGAAGGGAUGCUGUCACCCAUCCUGGCCCACGGGGGCGUCCGCUUUAUGUGGAUCAAGCAUAACAACCUGUAUCUGGUUGCCACCUCCAAGAAGAAUGCGUGUGUGUCGUUGGUGUUCUCCUUCCUCUAUAAGGUUGUGCAGGUGUUUUCGGAGUAUUUCAAGGAGCUGGAGGAGGAGAGCAUCCGCGACAACUUCGUCAUCAUCUACGAGCUGCUGGAUGAGCUCAUGGACUUCGGCUACCCCCAGACCACAGACAGCAAGAUCCUGCAGGAGUACAUCACUCAGGAAGGCCACAAGCUGGAAACGGGGGCCCCAAGGCCCCCAGCCACCGUCACCAAUGCAGUGUCCUGGCGCUCCGAGGGCAUCAAAUACCGGAAGAAUGAGGUGUUCUUGGACGUCAUCGAGUCUGUCAACCUCCUGGGCAAAUACCCAGGAGUGGGAUUGCUGGGUCAUAUGGUCAGUGCCAACGGUAAUGUCCUGCGCAGUGAGAUCGUGGGCUCCAUCAAGAUGCGGGUCUUCCUGUCGGGUAUGCCGGAACUGCGCCUGGGCCUCAAUGACAAGGUCCUCUUCGACAACACAGGCCGCGGCAAAAGCAAGUCCGUGGAGCUGGAGGAUGUGAAGUUCCACCAGUGCGUACGGCUCUCACGCUUUGAGAAUGACCGCACCAUCUCCUUCAUCCCACCCGAUGGCGAAUUCGAGCUCAUGUCUUACCGCCUCAACACCCACGUCAAGCCCUUGAUCUGGAUUGAGUCUGUGAUUGAAAAGCAUUCCCACAGCCGCAUUGAGUACAUGAUCAAGGCAAAGAGCCAAUUCAAGCGACGGUCAACAGCCAACAACGUGGAAAUCCACAUACCCGUGCCCAACGAUGCCGACUCACCCAAGUUCAAGACAACAGUGGGAAGCGUCAAGUGGGUCCCCGAGAACAGUGAGAUCGUGUGGUCCAUCAAGUCCUUCCCGGGCGGCAAGGAAUACCUGAUGCGAGCCCACUUCGGCCUGCCCAGCGUGGAGGCAGAGGACAAGGAGGGCAAGCCCCCAAUCAGCGUCAAGUUCGAGAUCCCCUACUUCACUACCUCUGGCAUCCAGGUGCGCUACCUGAAGAUCAUCGAGAAGAGCGGCUACCAGGCCCUGCCAUGGGUCCGUUACAUCACUCAGAACGGAGAUUACCAGCUCCGGACCCAGUGAGGCGCUGCGGUGGCCAACACUCCUGCCCCGACAAUGGGGCUCCUGGUGGAAGGGCCAGCCAAGCCUGCAGGAGGGAGGGGCUCCCCUGGACACCAGCCACCCUCCCGGCUCCACCCAGGGGCCCCUCCUCCUCCGGGUGCACCCGCUCUGCCGCUGCCACUCUCGUCUCCCCAGUCCCUUCUCCCAGAAGAGGCUCAUCUUCAAGAAGUCUCAUCUCUGCCCCCAAGUCAGUUUGAGGGGAAGGAAUGAACUCUUUCCCUCCAGAGGUCAAAUACAGCCUUCUGUGCUGUUUAGCUCCCAGUCACCAAAAGACUGGGAAAUGCUGGCCAUACCACUGGCUGCACGCAGCAUCUGGCCGGACCGGCAGGACCACUGUUUUGUUGCCAUUCUGUUGAAUGUGUCAGUUUGAGUGUUCCUGGAUUUUUGUCCUGGUCCAUCGCUGUUGAUGUGAACCUCUCUGUCCACGCCUCCCGCCCCUCGUCCUGAAGCGCUGCUCAGGCAGCACUUAGGGAGGACAGGACUGCCCCCUUCCUGCCCCCACUCCCCAGCGAGGCUGCCGCUGGGCCACCCUCCCACUUGCAUUGGAGGCUCCUGGUCUGGACCCACAGGUUUCACCACAGGCACUUUCCCAGGACCAACCUUUGCCACACAAUACUGUCACUCAGCUACAUCAGUGUUUGUCCCACCAGGGGAGGUGGGGUCUAGCAAGGGCCCCCGGCCUCAGAGGGUGGAGGGCAUGGGUCAUCCACAUCCGUGCUUGGACACUGCCCCCUUCAACCCUGACUGUGUCUGUGUCACAAUUACAUUAAAGUCCAUCAAUUAAA